GAUACCGCUGACGUCAGAAGACCCGCUGAAAUUCAAAGUUGAGGAGAGCAAGAAGGUUGUUUCUUGUUUUCUGUCAGUUAGCGUUGACCCAUUUGGUACAGAGUGUAGCUAGUUUCAUACAGACUUCUUUUCAGGUAAGACAACAAACGACUUGCUCAGCGUCUCAGUAUGGAAGCUGGCGAAGAAAACGGUGGCAACGUCAACUUGAAAAGACAGAGAGCACCUCUGUCAGAUUCUGAAGACAAUGCCUUCUCACAAUCAGAGGUGAAUGAUGGCCAGAAGCGGCGGCGUCUGGAGGCAGCUGGUCAGGAGAAUCGUAGUCCUAAACCAUCCUCCUCUGUACGCCAAGCUGAGGUAGAGACAAAGCCAGACACACCGAUGGUUCCAUCAGUCCGGUCCCGAGUCCAGCAACUCACCCAGAGACGAGAGGGGGGAGCUCCUCUGGCCCAGCGGUGCCUGUCGGACCCUGGGGCUGGCAGCCCAUCAGCCGUCCUCGAAAAGGGCUUCAGAAAGCAUUGCCUUGGGGAGGGAGAGUUUAAUCAGCGACUGGAGCGUUUUAAAGUGCCAGUCUUCCAGACUUGCCCAGCCCCCACAUCUGCUGAUCCCUCGCCACGGACCCGCUCCAACUUUGUGUCUGCCAUUCAGCAGAAACUCCACGGCACCCCAGCACCUAGCUCCAAGCAAGCUUCUCUCAUGCGCCAGGAACGGGAACAGGAGUUGAGCCAGUUGCAUAUCCAUCCAAUCAGUGAGAAUGCCUGGCUGAAAAGGAGCAGCUCUGAUCCCUCGUUAUCUCAGAGAUGGACUCCUCCUGGCCCCUCAACUAACUCCACCUGGGUUCCUAGAUCUAGAGGGAGAGUUCAUUGGCCUCCUAUGCAGCCCUGUGAUCAGAUGGGUGGUGAUGCUGAGAUGAAAGAUGGCAGCUUCAUUGAAGCUCCCGCAUCACGUGCAGAGAAGCAAUCCUCAGAUGGGAAAGGUGAAAGGGCCCCCAGUGACACUGAAGCAUCUGUAGAGAUUACAACCUCUAAUGAGGGGCAGCAGCACAUGAAAUGCAAGGAGCAAAAUGCUUAUCAAGGUGAUGACAUCAGGGGGGAGAAAGAGUACAAGGCUUCAGUUGCAAAUGAAGAGGAGCAGCUAGGGACCCAACGACCAAACACCCAGACUGUAUUGAAGUUGUCUUUUAGCGAGGAUCAGAGUUUCUCCAAAGCACCUUUUGGUGAGGACCAGAACAUGUCAGAUUUGCAUACAGGUGAUGAGCAAAGCUUGCUAGAAUCAACUCAUGCAGAGGAGUCAAACAUGAACACAGAAACAGUUGAGGAUUCCAUAGUAGCUGAACAGGACAAGUUUGAGGUGUUUUCAUUUGAAGAAAUUGAUGGUUCUACAUUCAGUGAAGAGGGAAUUGAGCCUUCAACAGAUGAGGAGUCAAGAUCGUGGAGAUAUCCUCAAGACAAGGUGUGCAAGGAGGAAAACGUGUCUGUUAAAGAGGAGGAAAGGGAGUUGGAAUCAUCAAGAGUGGAAAAGGAGAAUGGAGUCAGUUUUUCAGAUCAUGGUGAACCGUCGGACAUCCUGGAUGGUGAAUGUGAAUUGGGCGAUGUCUCUGGUGAGAUUGCUGGCUCCUCUGAAAUGCAAGAAGACAAGAAACCUAGACCUGACAAGGAUGAGUCAGAAAGCUGUUUAGAUACCUCUGUGAAACCCCAAUCUAAUUUAAACCGAGACCAAGGGAACACAGAAUCAUGUAAAGGAUUUUCUGCAAUGAAACUAAACCAGAAAGACACAAGAGAAUGUACUCAUAGGAAGGAUAUGAGGCAAAAGGCAACAGAGGGAGGAGAAAGCUCAAAGAAAGUCACUUUUAUCCUGGAGCCUGAGCUAAUCAAUGACUCAACCCUGUCUGAGGCCAGUACCUCCAUGGAGUCCAGGGAAGAGACAAGUAUGUCAGAUCUGAGCUCUCAUGAUGAGACCAACACCGCUGAAAUGAUUGACCAGAUGUUUGAGGAGGUGCUGGAAUAUGCUGGAAGGUUGGAGGAGAGGGGGGAUGAAGACACGGAGGACCACGACAGUGGCAUUGGCGUUUUCUCUGGAGACAAAGAUAAGCUGGACACAGAGUCUGAGAAGGAAAAAAGUGAAGAAGAGGUGGAGUCUAAAGCGGAAGAGUGUGAUGAGAGCAAUAAGCUUGAAAGCAACAGAGAUGAGCUGCUGACUUUUCCUCCCAGCGGCAUCCUCUCUCCUCUCAGCAGGUCUGUGGAGGCUGUGGUCACCCCUCUGCGACUGGCAGCGAGCCAGGAGUCCAAUCCUCCCUCUCUGCUCUUGACUCCAGAAGACACUACCACCCCUCUUGCUGAAUCUGCUCCACUAUACAGUAUUGAUGCCUACCGCACACAAAGACAGAAAAAGCUGCCCACCAUUCAGAGUGUCACUCCUAGGGUUCAGAGACAAGCUCCAGAGAAGUCCCAACCUCAACCCUUUGUCAACACCAAGGAGAAAAUCGCGGCUCUGAAUGAAGAAGCAGGGAAGCUGCAGUCUGUGAUCAGCCAAACCCUGCAGGCUCUGAGCUGCUGUACUGAUGAGGAGCAUGGACGCGGUUCGCUGGAGGAGGCUGAAGCUGAGAAGCUGCUGUUGGUCUCCUGUGAGAGACGCUCUGCCCUUCUGGACGAGGUGGCCAGACUGCGGGAGGAGAGGAACUCGGGAGAUGCAGCAGGAGAGGACGGGGAGGAUGUUUCCCAGCAGGCCUGCAGAGGGACUGUCGGCAUCACAAACAUCCAGCUGCCUCUUAAGGUGGAAUUUGUCUGCUCCUCACACAACCGCACAGGUCGGCCGAGUCACUACUUCUUCGUCCUGAUCCGCUACGGGCCCUGCAACAUUGUCGCCACCCCGCUGGCCACGGCUGCUGAUGCUCAGAAUGGAGACACCAUCUCCUUCCCUACUUCUGUCACUCUGAAGGAUAUCCGAUCACACUUCGAGAUUGAUGUGGAAGUCUACAGCCUGUCCCACACUUCAGGUAGUAACUGCAGCGUGGACCGGACCACCACCAAGUCACGGGUCACGCCAAGAAAGCUUCUGAACACUAUCACAAGAUCCAGUAACAGUCUAACACCUGGUGCUCUUCCUGCUCUCAACACUCGUCGCUCCAGCAACUUUUGUCUGGUGGGCUCUCAUAAGAUCACCUUAGCCUCACUAGGACACAGCAAGUUCCCUCUGGAUAAGAUGAAACUUGAAGGCAAAAUCAGGAGGCUGCUGGGAGAUGAAUUUCAGGAAAAGGUGCCUUUUCUCUCACCUCUAGAGGGCAACAUCUACCUGCGACUGGACAGUGAAGGCCACUCUGAUGUACAGCACCAAGGCUUCCUGACGAUGUUUGAGAUGAUCAGUGGAUACGGUGUGUGGCAUCGCAGAUAUUUUGUUCUGGUUGGAUGCAACAUGUACUUCUGGAACCACCCCAAUGACCAAGAAACUAAGGAAGCAGAGGGCAGCAUUUCUCUGUCCAGCUCCCCCUGUCAGUGUGUGAGGCCUGUGAAGAGGGACUCGUGUGCUCGACCUUUCACCUUUGAGCUGGUGAGCAACAUCAAACAGCAGCAGGACGUCAGCCAGGAAGCCUUGGCCAGGUUUUCCGCUGACACCAAACAGGAGAGCUUGGACUGGAUGGAGAAACUCAGUCAAGCUCUUUUGGACUUUCACACAUGGAACCGAACAUCAGCAACCCAAACAGAGAGUCAGCAGUCAAACACGUCCAUCAGUGGGACCCUGAGGGAGAGCAUACUGUAACUACAUCACUAAGCCAACAUAUCUACUCAGAUGUGAUCUCAGAUAGUUUCUGUCGCAUGGGAUCCAUGAAAUCACUGUGGGAGCAGCUUUUAUGUUGCAGGUAGAUGAACUGACAUCAGGGUUUAGAUUCUUUAUUUCAGAGCUGCAGGAGAUCAGCGUCUUUAUAGGCUCUGCUUUACAAUCAACCAGGCAAAACGUUAUACAUCUCACAUUGACUUUUCUUUUUGGGAGACCUCUUUUUGAUUUUCAUACUAUUGUUUAUUUCUUUUAAUCUGAAUCUAUUCAUUUACUGUUGGUUUUCACUUUUUUUUAUUUGCUCAGUAACGGUUGCCAUUUCUUUGUCAUGAUUUUGUAGAAAAAAAAGUUUAAUUUUGGCUUUUUCUGUGGCAAUCAGCUGCUUUAGCCUUUGUUGGCAAUUUUUGGUCACUUUCUGUAGCUAAGGUGAAACUUGUAGCAUAUAUAUUUUUGAGAUAACUUACUCAUGUAUUUAGAAUUAAACUGGAAGCAUAAACACAUUUAUAUAGAUGAUAUAGACACUAAUAAAUAUUGAAGGAUAUGGAAAUCUUUAACUCUACUAAACUAAUGUAGAAUGAGAAUGUAUUUGAAAUGGCAGGAAAACUGAAUAUUAAAAUAUAGAAGGAACGCUAGCUAGUGUUGGAAUGGUAGCCUUUCGUACUCCUACAGACAGACGGCAUCUGAUUCUGUUGGGUAAAAUAGGUUUUUGAUCAUCUGCCCAAUCAAUCUAUGUCAGGUGGAAGCAGGCUUUUGUUCCACUAAACCAAAAGGUAUUUGGCUGUUAUGUGUGUAAAAUGUGAAAGAACCACACUUGACUUGCAAUGUGUCACUGGCAUCUUGGGAGUUUCACUUCCUACCCAGUGGCCUGCAGUGUUAACUUAUAUUCCUAACUACAUAAUUUUACAAUUUACAAUACAUAAAAAAACAAAUUUACAUAUCUAAAAAAAACUAUUCUACGUGUAAUACAGUGGAUGAGAGAAGAGAGGGGACUGUAGUGAUGCUGCUACAAUGAAUGUGGUCUGUUCUGUCUGAUGUCCUGUUCUUUUCCAUGUAUUUCUACCUAUUAGUCUGUCACUUUGUUAUAAAUGUUAUUCAUGUGAACUCUCAUUCUAUGCACUUAAUUGAAGGUACCAAUUAAAUAAAUUGAUUUGACAUGGCUACAAUAACAGUUUA